AAGAGGGAAGAAGAAGAGCAGCGAGCCGUGACGCAUAUAUCGGCACACCCUCCCACUCAGAUGAGACGCGCUCCUGAGCGUCUUUACAAUUUAGAAAAGAAAAACAGAAACGAUAAAAAAGAAUUAGAUGAAAGAAAGAAUACAUCAAAACAAGUUCAUUGAUUGAACUUCAUCGUAGAAAAUACAGUCAUACACGAACGACAAUAUCGACUUUCAUACAUAACUUCAUAUCAACACACGUCUUCACAGUAUCAUAGCAUCUAAUCACGAACAGAGCAGUCAAGAAAAAGAGGAACAAGCUUUUUAAAGGAGUGAUCAUCACAUUUCAAACUCAUAAAUUCGGCAACACCUUUCAAAUAUAAAUAGAAGAUCAGUCAACACGAACACAGCAUACAAAUAAUGAUCGUCACAGCUUCAAUCAUCACACAAAAAAAAAUUUUGACAGAGCACACAGAAAUGAAACAAUAUAGAAAUAUAGAAUUCAUAACACGCAUAUGAUCGGUCACACUUUUUCGCACAUUUUCACAUUCGUAGGACGCAAUGUCGAACAACAACACAUAUCAAUUUUAGAGAACGAGAAAAAAAACACAAGUCAUCGGUUACACAAGCUUAGUAUAAUUUUAACCAUAAGUAGACAUAAAUAUUCUAAUUCAUACAGGAUAGAAACUCUUGUCUAGUGCAUAAACGAUACCUAGAACGGUUUCUUGUUUUGUCUUACUUACUAGAUUAUUACAAAAACGAACACAUAGCUUAUAGAAAAAUAUCGCAUCAUAUUUCGAUUAUCUACAUGAUCGAACAUAAAAGAUUAUCAUUUAACCCAUCUUCUAUUUAUGUUUUGCCGGAGAAGAAGAGAGAAAAAAAAAAUUCACACUUUCUAAUCAGUAUCAUCACUAUAAUUACUUUCGUUUUAAAUUCUUCACUGGCUUCAGGCCUUUUAAGGAUAACAUCUUCAUUUAAUUUUAUGUUUCUUCUAAUAUUUGAUUGUUACGCAUCGUUAGUUAGCAAGAUGUUCAGCUGAAUAACUGUUGGUGGUGAUUGACAACACGAAGUGAAUAUUGAUGAUGAAUGAAUAUCAAUUGUUUACAGCUGAUACACAAUCAAUUUCAUGUUCAUCGAUAUCCAUUUGUUCUGUUGCUGCUUCUUUUUUUUAUUUUGUUUUGGCAGAGAAAAUAAAUUUGAAUUACGUGAGAAAUGACUCAGGGAUUCGAGGAGAAAUGACAUGAAACGUACAGAUAUUACAAAGGAAAGUGCACCAACCCUACGCACUGCCGGCCCGCGAUCUAGCCGCCCUUUAGUACGUCCACUGAUGGUCUGUGACAGUGCCCCACAGACUUAAAACACUGCCAUGUCAUUCAACUCUAAUCGCCGCAUGCAUUCAUCACUCAUUCAAAUUAUUUAUCAUACCUUGAUAUUCACUUGUACCUUCAAUGGAAGUUUGAUAAUUUUGAAUUCUUCUUGAUUCUGGAAUCUUCCAACUUCGUUUCAGAAUAUGCAUGUAUUCGCUCGCCAGGGUCGACAUGUAACGAUAAAAGGAGAGAAGAUGAUGUAAUGACAGACUGGAGGAGUAGCUUACCGCCACCCUCGAUAAUGAUGUUUAUUAGCUACUUCACAUCUCCAGAAUGUGUCUAUUGCACAUUCAACACACACUUAUAUAUGAUACAGAAACAAUGGGAGAGAGACGACACAGAGAGAACAAUAGAGAGAGAAAGAGGAAAGAGGGAAGAAGAAGAGCAGCGAGCCGUGACGCAUAUAUCGGCACAAUUAUCAAUUUACUAUACUUCCUCGAGGUAUUACAAAUGGACCAGCAACAUUCCAACGUGUAAUUAAUCACAUAUUAGGACCAGCAAGAUGGAAAUAUGUAUUAGCAUAUAUUGAUGAUGUAAUUAUUUACUCCAAAACAUUUCAAGAACAUUUAUCUCGUCUGAAUGAAAUUUGUCAAAUAUUAAAAAAAGCUCGUUUUCGUCUCAAUCCAGAAAAAUGUGAAAUUGCUCGAACACAAACAGAUUAUCUUGGCCAUAACAUUAAAAAUGAUGAAAUCCGUCCAAGUCCUCAUAAUAUUAAUGGUUUAUUAAUUACAAGAUUACCACAAACUGCAGAUGAAGCUUGUAAAUUUGUUAAAGCAGCUGAAUAUUAUAGAAAAUUUAUACUAAAUGUUUCUCAAAUCGCCGAACCACUUAGAAAAUUUGUUUCAACUACAAGAACUCAACAAAAGAAAGGGCAAAAAACUAUCAUUACAUUAACAAAUGAAGAAAUUAAAGCCUUCGAACAACUUAAAAAUUUUCUUGCAACUGAUCUGGUAUUACGACUUCCAAAUAAUAGAUUCCCUUUCAAAGUUCAAACUGAUGCAUCUGAUGAGGGAAUCGGUGCGGUACUAUUACAAAUUUAUCCAGAUGGCGAUAGACCAAUUGCAUAUCUUUCAAAGAAACUUACACCAGCACAACGGAAAUGGUCUCCUAUGGAACAAGAAUGUUAUGCCUUUAUAUGUGCAUUAGAUAAAUGGCAUAAUUAUUUAAGUGAAAUUAAAUUUACAUGGGAAACAGAUCAUAAAGCAUUAACACAACUAAAUCAAAAAGCACAACUUAACAAACGUUGUGAAAGAUGGAGAUUAAAAAUUUUAGAAUAUGAUUUCAAGGUGAAACACAUCCCAGGUUUAGCAAAUUAUAUGCCUGAUUAUUUAUCAAGAUCCCCCGUUGAUGAUGCUGAAGAAGAUUCUGAUGAAACUGCACAUCUUAUUUCAACAUCAACACAAACUGAUAUUUUAUAUGAUAACCCAAAUACAACCAUCAUCGCAGCUGUUGAGACUCGUGCUAUGAAAUUACGAAAUAAAACAUUUAAAGAUAUUUCAGAUACAACAAAAUUAACAUCAGAUUCUCUAAAUAAUUCCAUUGCAGAGAAUCGCACAACUUCAUACUCAAUUGAAGAAUUAAUUCAAGCUCAAAGGAAUGAUAGCUAUGCAAAAAAUAUUAUUAAUAACAUCAAGAAAUAUAAAAAUUAUAUGAUCAAAGACAAUCUUUUAAUGCGUCGGUUAAAUCCUCCCGUUCCCUAUGUACCACAAGGUGAACUUCGUCGAACAAUAUUAAAAAUUUAUCAUGAUACUGCAGCAAAUGAUAUUAAUAAUUACGUCAAAUCAUGUAUUACUUGUGCUCAACAUAACCCUCGUCGACAAAAGACUCCUGGAAAAUUACAACCAAUUAAACCUCCAGAAGAGGUAUGGCAAUUAGUGUCGAUGGAUUUUCACGGUCCUAUUAACCCAACAUCUCGUCGUGAAAACAAAUAUAUUGUAUGUCUUACGAAUAUUUUAUCAAAAUUUGUGGUAGCAAAAGCAGUACGUGAUAAUACUGCACAAACAGUUGUUAAAUUUCUGAAAGAAGAUGUCAUUUCAAAAUUUGGUACACCUCGAUGCAUUUUGACCGACAAUGGCACUCAUUUUACAUCAGCACUUAUGAAUGAAUUAAUCAAACAAAUUGGAUCAACACAUUUAUAUACAACACCAUAUCAUCCACAAUCAAAUGGUCAAAUUGAAAGAUAUAAUUCAACAAUGGAUGCAAAAAUUGCAGCUUUAUCCAAUAUACAAAAAACAGAUUGGGAUGAUCAAUUACCAUUUGUAACAUUUAAUUACAAUACGUCGAUACAUUCCUCAACCAAACAAAUUCCAUUUGAAAUGAUGUAUGGUCGAACACCAAUAUUACUAUUUGAUUAUCAAGAAGACAAUGUUACAAUUUCACAUGAUAAUGAACACGUGAAAAAACUUCAUCAAUUUUUAACAAAAUUAAAUGAGCAAGCAAGAAUUAAUAUUAUUAAAAAUCAACAGCGAUAUAAACAACGUUAUGAUACAAAUCGUUCUGAUCCAUCAUGCAAUGUUGGUGAUCUCGUUCUCGUUAAAACACUCAACAUUCAUUCAAAAUUCAAUGUUCGUUAUGAAGGACCAUUCAGAACUAUGAAAAACCUUACACCAAAAGCAUUUAUUGUACAACACAUCAAGAAACCAACAUUACAUCGUCAAGUUACAACUGAUGUGUUACUCCCAAUUUUUGAACGUAUUCAUUAA